CUCCUACAGAGUAUAUAUAACUCACAAUCGUUUGUUGACAUGAUACAAAGUCUCUCCAUUGCUUCCAGUUUGGAGUCUGUACGUGUUUAUUUACAUCUGCUCACCCCUUAAUCCUUAGUGUAAUUGAAAUCAACACCGACCGCCCACCAUGAAGUUAGCAGCCCUCGUCACCAUCCUCAUCACGCCGCUGCCCGCCCUGUCCCUCGCCAUCUCUCCACGCUCUUCCACUACCUCGACCCAAUGCGGUCGCCGUAACACUGCCCGCUACUGCGCCGGAACAGCGUACAACACCUCGCUCCUACACACCUACCUCUGUGGUGACUCGCGACUGGGGCCCACCACAUUCCCAGACGCCGAGUCCAACCCGCUAUCUGUGAUCCUCAGCCCUCUGUUCUAUGACCGGCUGGGCGGGCUCUGUCCCGGCGACUUCAUAAACGCCUGGUUCAACACGUCGACAAAGUGGUGGAACUAUCCCGCAAACAAUGGAUUCACCGUCAUCCAGGAUGGAGAUGGGUAUGGUGAGGAUGGCGCGCCCAUCUUGGGCAAUGUCACGCUGCCCGUGGACACGCUGCUCGACAGAUUCGGAUCUGAAGGCGGCACUUUUGUGAGCCCUGCAGGCGCCCCAUACUCUCAGCGGGCUCUGCCGCCGAGUAAUCUUGUCGCUGCGAACAGCGAGGAGCUGUGAGUCUUUUCAUCCCCCCCAUCCUCCUCCUUUACCGCCGAUACGGGAGACUCAUGAUGCCAAUGCUAUGCAGCUCGACGUACAAUUACAAAGUCUACAGCGUCGUCAAGCCGCUGGUGGUGCUGGCGGGUCCAAUUGCCCCCUGGUUCGGACAACCUGGAGCCGGGGUGCAGUACAUGCUGCCACGAAAUAUUUCGGCCCUUAUUGCUGAGGGCGUUCUCAGGCGAGAGGACCCCUCGGUGCUGGUUCCUUGAGUCUGCUUGUCGGAUUGUGUGCAUUAAGCGGAUGGCUGGAGUUGAUG